UUAUCUCAGCCACCAUACUCUCAUGCCAGAAUUUCUUGCGCAAGAGCAGGUCGAGAAGUUUUACCAUAACGGCUAUCUAGUCAUUCCAGGAUUCCUCGCAAGCGAUGAAACUAGAGCUCUUCUGGAUAGAUCUAAGAAAUAUCUGGAUGACUUCUCCAUUGAAGAUCAUCCAAUGACUAAAUUCACGACUGGGGACCAUGACCACGUUGGUGACGACUAUUUCCUAGACUCUGGAGACAAGAUACGAUAUUUCUUGGAGGAAGAUGCUGUUGAUAAGGACGGCAAGCUCAACAGGGAUAAGACAAAGGCGGUCAAUAAGAUAGGCCACGGUUUACAUGAACUAGAUCCGUUAUUCCGCAAAGUAACACUAGAAAAUGACAAGGUCAAGGCCAUUGUACGUGAUUUGAAGUAUCAUCGUGAUCCUGUUGCGCUUCAGUCUAUGGUCAUUAUGAAACAGCCUCAAAUCGGCGGAGAAGUUGGAGAACAUAAUGACUCGACGUUCUUGUACACGAACCCGCCUUCGGCUGUGGGCUUUUGGAUUGCAUUGGAGAAGUGCACACCACACAACGGUGCCCUGUCAUUCUUACCUGGUUCACACCUUACUGCGCCUAUAACCAAGCGAUUUGUACGGUUGCCACAAGGAGGGACCGGCUUCGAAGCCCUUCCUGUCAGUGCAGAGUCCACAACCGAACCAAAGGGUGAAUAUGUCCUCGAGACAUGCGAACCAGGUGACCUUGUGCUCAUCCACGGCUCUGUUCUCCACAAGUCGGAACGUAACACCAGUCUGAACACACGGUUUGCGUAUACGUUUCACAUGAUAGAAUCUCCUCCAUAUGCCAAGUACGAUUCGAAGAACUGGUUGCAACCCACUGAAGCGAUGCCUUUCCCUCAUGUUUUGGACAAGCCUAAUGUAAUUUCAGUGGCAUAGAAGACCGUGGUCCUGUCGUAAAUAUCUUGUGUCUGUAUCAUCGUGUAUCAAAGUUAUUUGUAAGUCCUACUAUCAUG